GUAAGGCUUUUGUUCGUGGUGGCCUUGGCCUUGGCCUUGUUAGCGCCUCUUGCCAUGGCUCAUGCAGCCAAAGAAGAUUUGAAGGUUGCAUCACUGUGGGGGAGGGGCGGGUUCUUCUCUUAUCGGUAUAGGCCUUACCAAGCGGCGGUGACAUGCGAUAGGAGUAUCAAGGUGUGCCGUGCCAAGGGCAGCCGUGGGCGCAAUUGCUGCAAGAAAAUGUGCGUGGAUUUGAAGACGGAUAGAUACAAUUGCGGCAAGUGUGGGAAGAAAUGUAAGUACUCGGAGAUAUGUUGUAAAGGGAAGUGUGUGAAUCCAAUGUUUAAUAGGAACAAUUGUGGCGGCUGCAAUAAUAAGUGUAGUAGAGGAAGCUCGUGCGUUUAUGGGAUGUGCGGCUACGCGUAAAUAACGAUGGAUUGUUUUGAUUAUUCGUUGUUGGUUACUUGAAAGUUGUUGAUUCAGUUCAUAUUGAUUAAUGUCAUAUAUCAAUGAAUUAAUGGAUUUGUUUUAAGUUGA